AUGUUUUCAAAAGGAAUAUCUGCUCAUAAAAUACGAACUAUUAUGCAAAAGGCUGCCAUGUAUCCGAUGGAUAUAACUGAAAUUUUCGAUGAAAAUAUUUGUGUUGUGAUAGACAACAUUUGUUCCAGCAGCCAAACCCCACGUGAAUAUCUCAUUACGAUGUUGCUUCCUGCUAUCGAUCAUUUCAUUAAUGGUAGUCAAAUUCGAACUAAUACCGGAACCCCAACAAAUAUUUCAUUUUUUACAACCAUCAUUGAAUAUCCGAGUGUAAACAAAUCCAGUGCAACAGAAGCAGUUUUGAAUGCAUGUCUUGCUAUUGAAAAAUAUCUAGGUAUAAAAACUGACGAGAGUCGAAUCAAUUAUAGUGCUACUGUUGAAUCACUCUUAAUUGAAUUAAAGAAUACAUCGCCUAGACUUAUUCAAAUUUGGGAUGAGGCAGUUACUCUUCUACAGUCAUUUGGUCUUUAUAAACAAGGUGGUGCUGCAUAUGAUCGAUCAAUCAUGUGCACGUUGUACAACUCAUCUGCUGUUGUUAAACGACAAACUAAAUCAGGAAAUAUUACGGUCGAGAAUCCUGUACUCAAUAUUGCUGCAGCUGCACAUCCAGCCGAUAUUUUUUCUUCUGUAUCUAAUGAAUCCGAUGAUGAUGGUCUGAUGACUCGUUUUCUCUUUUCUGCUCCUCAACCAUGUAUACCUUUAUCUGAUGAAAUUAGAUCACUCAACAUCGAUGUGCCGAGUCUUACUCAUCUACUAUACAUUAUAUAUUGUUGUAAUGCAACAGAGCAAAAUGAUGGACGACGUAAUGAUGAUGAAGAUCAACGUCCAGUGCAUGAAACUUUAGAUGAAAUGCGACAACGAUUUGCUCAGCAAAAAGAUAAACAAGAACGAAUAGACAAAAACCAAGCAAUAUUGGCUGAAUCUCGGCGAUCAAAAACAUCAGCACGGUCGGAAGACGGAAAUGAACAGAGAUAUCCUGAAAAGGUUAUCUUACUAGCUAGGGAUACAAAAAUGCCAUGGAUCAAUAUAAGCCUAAAUCAUGGAGGGUUUAAAGCAGCUACACUUCAUCAAACUGCAGCUAAUUUUUCAAAAUGA